CAGUCUAGAUUUCUAGAAGCUUCGUCUUGGCAAGACGUUGUAUCGGGCGCUUACCUGUUUUGGCAGGUAAACUAUGGGUAAACAACAUGACGUCAGUGGAAUCCAAGGUUGAGCAGGUGCUGGCAAAUGGGAAAGAAGAAGAAAGGAAAGGCGCGCGAGGUUGCAGGCAGGAGGGAAACCCCCGGGGGUGGCUCGUGCGCGGGCGCGGUUUGCGGGUCAGAGUGCGUCGGGUAUAUAACCGGGCGGAUGCCGUCAUCCCUUAGUCUCGCGCUUUUCGUCGUCGCGGCAACUCGUUCGACGCCGACGCCGACGUCGACGCCGAUGUCGUUACCGUGAUCUGUGACCAUUCCGAUGUGCGGUGCAUACCGAUUUACACCUCGUGCCAAUUGGCAAGGUGUCCGAUAUCAGAUUAUAGGCUUUCGAGAAGUAUGUACGUUUAUCUUGCCCGAAUAAGCAAAGAAACGCGGUAGCUACCACCUCCUAUGAUAUCACCGAUCAGUGGAGGAAAUUAUAUUUUUACCCUUGCCAUCGCGUUCGAGCAUCUUUAAUGCGAAUUGUAUGCUACCGCGCGUUUUUAAAAGUCAGCAAAGUAUUGAAAAAAGCAAUCGAAAAAAAAAAUAACCGGUACUGAAUGAAGUAUUGAAUUUUUCAAGUACAAUAUUUCGGUAGAUUCAAAUGAAGGAUCGGAGCUGUUAAAAAUACCCGUAAUUAAAAAUCGUCCAUAAUUUUUUACCUUGCGAAAUUUUUCGUUUCUUUGUCCGAAGUCACUCGAUCGAUUAGACGUGAACGGACAAGGCGAACAUUGAAGAACAUUUACUAGCUACUGCUCAAACGUCGAGUAUGCCCGACUUUUGUCUCGAGUGAAGGCAAGCAGUGGGAACCGUUCUAGUGAGAUCGUCGAGGCGUCAGAAGUUCGUCCCUAGUUCUCGCAUGCCCGAUGGAAUCGGAGAAAAAAAUCGUCGUGACACUUGUUCAACGAUUGAAUUCGACGACGCAGGAAGUGAAGCCGAAGGAGGACAGGGAACAAGAAGAAGCGACCAAGUGGCAGUGGCGCCAAGGGAAGGAGAUAAGAGAGUGGUAGCGAGGAAAGCAGGAGGUCGACGGGAGGUGAAGGUGCUGUCGCGGAGAAUUUCAAGCCGUGCCCUCGGCGAGAUACGAGCCGUUUGUAUAGAUCUAUAUGCACAGUAAAAUUGUGGCGACGGAGGAGCUCUGGCUACGAGUAUCUGGGUCACACAGCCGUCUUCUCGUUGCACCCUGUUCUCCAUAAUUCUACAAAAUUUUCCGGAUGCAGCAAAAAAAAAAUGGAGACUUAUCACUGACCGUACGAGUUCUCGCUCUUGAAACGCAUGAGAACCAUAUUGACGUGGGACAAUCAAAAUAAAUUAUUAUCUUUCAUCAAAGCAAUUAUAUUAAUUGUGUUUGCCGUGACGUUACGCAAACAUUUAUGCCAACUGUUAAGGCUCACGAAAUAUCGAGCGCCGGAAGAAAUGGCCAACGCUAUGUUCCGUGUCAACGUAAUUGAAAAUCCGUUUAUAGAGUAGGUAGAUAAUGAACAACAAAUGCGUGACCUGCUCCGAAACGAAGUCGCAAUUUAUAUAACCGUAGUGUUAACUUGUCACUUACGUCCGAGAGCGGUAAGUGUGCUAUAGACAUAUCGUUUUACUCUGCCGGGAGAAUCCGUAAUGAUCAGUGAUUUGCGGCUGGAAAGCGGAUCGAUCCAAUACCCGCCGCUGGCGCGGUAACGAGCUGUUACGUUGUUACGCGGUUACGUAAAAAGGAUCUACUUGGAUCCCCCACGGGGGCAAUUCCCGAGGAAAGUCCACGCGAGGGCUAUUAUCCGAGUCGUGAGCGGUUUACGCGCGGAACCUGCUACCACCCUUCAUCUAGAGUCACGCUCGAGUCGAGCCGAUAAAUAAUGAACUCCUGCAGUCAUUUGUCAAGCUCACCGUGGGACAAACGAAUGCUCGUAGAGGUAACGUCAUCGGCCUAAAUGGGAGAGAUCAACGCGAGGUACCGGCUAGCACCGCGACAUUUCGCGUCGCUUUGCCACCAACGUUACGCAAGAAUCAUGUCCCUUUGACUCGACCGGGAACCGAAAAGCCAAACGGUAUAUACAAGCAAUCGGCCUUUAUGAUUUCUCCGCUUGUAAAGCUAUUGAUGAAACAAGCACCAAGGGUGAAAUGUCGAGGUUUGCAAUUGAAACGAUGCUUAGUAGCGAUCCUUAAACGCUGAAAGGAAGCAAGUACGCUUUCCGAACGUGAACUCUCACCUGAGCGUUCGCUUUAGAAAUGCGAGAGUCAGCUGAUUCCGAUCGCGAUCAGUGCAGUUAUACUGGGCAGUGCGGUCAAUCGCGCAGGAGAUAACGGUGUCCGAAAAAACGGCUCGCGACUUCAUGAUAGUGUUCGCGCUUCGGGCUCGCGGACGUACGAACGAACGUGAGAACUUAUCUCGUGCGUGGUACCGAACAACGCCAAGCGACAUGAGACGACGGAACAACGGUUCCACUUGCUUCUGCCAGACAUCGUCGGUCAAGAAAGGUGGCCGUAGCGGAUGCAACGAGACUGAAGCGAACGAGCCACCGGGAUGGUGCAUCUAUGCGGCGGUUGCGCUUGUCGCGGUUGGCUGUUAUCUCAAUGCUCUCGACUGCGACUUCGUGCACGAUGAUAUACCGGCGGUGGUGAGAAAUAGGGACGUGAUCGGCGAAGCAUCGUGGAGCAGUGUCCUCAACGAUGAUUUCUGGGGUACGCCGAUGGAGAGCAUCAAUAGUCACAAGAGCUAUCGACCUUUCACCACUUUGACGUUUCGGUUGAACUACUUGAUGGCGGGAUUGAGUCCCAUGUGGUAUCACGCCACGAACGUCGCCUUACACGCCGCUGCGUGCAUCUUAGUCACCAGAGUGAGUCUCGUGGUAGCUGCACUUCGACCGGGAUUCGCAGCGCUCACCGGGCUGUUAUUCGCCGCACAUCCUGUACACACGGAAGCGGUGACUGGCAUCGUAGGCAGAGCGGAUGUUCUAGCGUGUAUCUUCUUUUUGCUGUCCUUUCUUGCCUAUCAUGGCCAGCAGACGGCUUAUGUAUGGUCCAGCGUUUGCUUGGGUGCCCUAUCGAUGUUGGCGAAGGAAACUGGCGUUACUGUUUUGGCACUAAACCUUCUUUACGAUCUCUGUCGUUCCUGGCAUUCAAUCAAGAGGUCUAUUUUCGAAGCCAAGUGGAACGACGAUUCUAGAUAUUUUUCCAAACGUGCUGCAGCGUUACUCGUUUCGUUUAGCAUACUUCUUGUGGUACGGCUCGCUCUACUUCAUGGUACUUUGCCGAACUUCUCCGCGCAGGAUAAUCCAGCUGCUUUUCAUCCCUGUUUCCAUGUCAGAUUGUUGACUUUUUGCUACUUAGCAGCAUUGAAUUGUUGGUUGUUGCUGUGUCCGGCUAUACUCUCGCACGAUUGGCAAAUGGGAUCUGUUCCUUUGGUUACGUCUUUUACGGAUACCAGAAAUCUCGCCACCUGUAUAUUCUUCGGCGGUUGCCUGGUUCUCACGUACAAAGCCUUUACGGAUUUCGAGCAACAAAGGCAUCCGCCUCUUGUUCUUGGUUGGAUGUUCCUGGUGCUGCCGUUCCUACCUGCAUCCAAUCUUUUUGUCACUGUGGGUUUUGUCGUGGCAGAACGGGUUUUAUAUACACCAAGUGUUGGGUGGAUUAUUUUGGUCGUCUACGGCAUGCAAGUGAGCUGGACCGCUGUACCACGACGGAAAAGCUGGAUCACUACAGGCGUAGUUCUUCUAUUCGUUUUAGGAUGUUUCAGAACGGUUCUUCGGAAUAACGAUUGGACAUCUAGAGAAACUUUAAUCAAAGCGGGACUGCGGUCUCUACCCUACAAUGCCAAAAUGCAUUACAACUUCGCAAACUUCCUUAAAGACACGUCGCAGCCGAACCUUGCGGUUCACCAUUAUCAGUUGGCUCUCUGGCUUUGGCCAGGAUAUGCCAGUGCACAUAAUAAUCUUGGAACUCUCACGAUAGACGAUCAAGCGGAAUAUCAUUUUCUAGCGGCUAUUAACGCUCAACCUGGCCACGUAAAUGCUCAUUAUAAUCUCGGACGAUUGUACAGAAGAACGAAUCGAACUGAACAGUGCAUUGAGAUGCUGAGGAGAUGCGUGUCGCUGGAUCCGGCAUACGCACCGGCAUUUAGGGUUCUAGCGAGAAUCGCUACCGGUCCUGCAACAGGCGAGCUCCUGAGGCACGUAAUUCACCUUCAACCACGAAACCCGGACGCUCUCGCUGAGUAUGCUUACUGGUUAUACAAGAACGGCAAAUGGUUGCCCUCACUCCGAUACUAUUUCAAAGCGAUGGAGAUCUUUCCGUCGCACAAACCGUCGCUUAUUGGUACGCUCAGGAUUUUGAGGUCGCGAGGUCAGUGGUCUAGAGUACAUCAGCUCAUCAUCAGAUGGCAUUUAAUGUUACGAGCGAAACGAGGAGGCUUCAUCUAUCGCGGAGACUUGUAUAUUCGUGCGUGGGAGUUACAAAGCGAGUCUCGUCAAAGGACUCAUCAACAUCAACGGAAUCUCUGUAUAUCGGAGAAUGGAUGUUCGAGACCGCGCGUGGCCAGCGUGUCGGUGCAACUCGAACAAGACAGCAACAAGUCGGAACAGCUGCAACGGGCGCCGCGUUGUAACGUGCGUGCUUGCAGACAGCCAAGAAAAGGGAAGACGCGUGUAACCGCGCCCACCCUGCUCGUGCAGAAUUUUCUAGAGACGCUUUAGUCCGCCCCAAUUGGGGAACGGGUCUACCUCCUGCUCGUUCGCCAGCUGAAAACAGGCCGUGAAAGAUGAAGGAAGAAACGCGAUACUCCGACCGCGUAGCAGCCUCGUCCGACGAUCGUCAGCGACGAAGAGAGUCCUAUUAUAGUGGAAUGCCUGAAUAUUUUUCGUAUGCUGUGUUUGUGUGCUAUCUAGGACCGCAAGCCCGACCUGUCGCGGAUCAAUCACGAUAACGAAAUCUAAGAAGGUACGCAUAUAUCGUUAUCGUUUAUAUAUAUGUGUCCUCGCGUUCUUCGUGGCAUCCUGUUUAUCCUGUCGAUCGGACAGCGACGAUGCGAGUCGCGGUCUCUUCGAAAAAAAUUAAGUCGUUAAUAAAAACAAAAAAAAAAUAAAGAAACAGAUGCCUGCUCCGUAGAUAACUUUGGCUUCGAACGUCGAUAUGGCGUUCUGAAAUCAUUCGCCAGGACAAAUGACAAUGUGCGCUAAUGGUGAGAAUCGAAUGCUAGAAUUAAAUUCCUUGAAAAUUAUUUUGCCACUUUUAAAUUCAAUAUAAGAAUAUUUAACGAGAGAGGACCAAGGGAGAUUCGAGCGAUUAACUGUGUGCGACGAACGAUAUAAGCAAGUUGAUUGAUAAAGGCAUACUUAAUCGGAUAUAACUUAGAGCCGUGUGCGUUCAAGCGUGUAUCUACCUAUACUUUUGAAACGUGAUAAUUGUAAUUGAUAAUAUAGUUACAUGUAGUACGACGUGUUUCUAUAAAUAUUUGCUGUAUCUCGUGUGUGCUUUCAACGUUUUUACGAUGUCCGUUUCGGUGCAGUGAUAAAGCUGCACCGUUGUGUAUGUAAUACCAGAAAGAUGAAGCAUUUUAACAAACAGUAAUAAAAAAAAUUGAGAAUUGCAUUCGUGAAAAAUAUCUCGACAUAAAGGUUUCGUUCGAAAAGUCAGCGAAACUAUAAUUAUUUCAAAAAUACUUGAUAUAUAUGAGUGGUUAUCAUCGUAUUAAAAAUAAAUCGACCUUGUUCACAAAGAGUCUGUACGCAUAAACAUUUAUAAUUUUCAUUCCCAACAAAUACACAUACCCAACACAUACGCACACACACACACACACACACACACACACACACACACACACACACACACACACACACACACUGUAAAAAAUAAAAUAUUAAUUUUAACUUAAUGAGAUAUAGUAAACUUCCUGAGAAAUGCAAAAGUGUUAAUUUUAACAUUUUUGCACAUCUCAGAAAAUUCAUUAUACGGCAUUAAGUUAAAAUUAACAUUUUAUUUUUUAUAUACACAAUCAUUCUUUGACAUAUAAUAUUUUUUUCUACGCCAAAGAUGGAAGCUGUACACGAAAAAUGAAAUUAUGAUGAAUUUUAUCUUUUUCAUAAUAAAAUAUGACAAUAGCACAAUGCAUGAAAAGAGAAUACGCAUAUACUUUUGAGACUCUUUUUCUCGGAUCGUACUUUGUGUUCCUCUCUCGUAGACGCAAUUUUACGCACGUAAAUACACGGUGCCAAUACUAGGGUAAUGAAUGUGCCGCUAAUCUGUGGCGUUUGGUAUGGCUUUUGUAUGAAAAUUAAAGAAACAAAUAAUUUUAAAGAAAUACAUUCUUCGAUGAGCUUGGUACGGCAAUGUUCUAUUGCAAGUAUAUCGUAAGAACGAUUUCUAUGAAAGCUUUUUUCAACAUUUAUGAAAAAGGGAGAGAGAAAGA